AUGGCACUCACAGGAGAUGAGAUCGAUGAACUUCUCUAUCUCGCACGGUCAGGCGAAUCUAAGGAAUUUGAAAGCCUUAGUAGCGCAUUAUGCGAAAGGGAGAAGUUGACUACCAGCGAACUGAUCGCAGCUGCAAAAGACGAUCAUAGUGGCAAUGGAAUUCUACAUAUGGCUGCGGCCAACGGACAUGUCGUUAUUGUGCGCUAUCUUUGUAAUGCUCUCGCAAGCCCUACGCCCCAAAUAGCUCAGACGAAUUCGAUCCUGAGCUCCCAGAACUAUGCGGGAAAUACAGCGCUACACUGGGCCGCACUCAACGGACAUCUUGAAUGUGUCAAGUUCCUUCUAGACCAUGGUGCAGACCCUACAAUCACCAAUCAUCGAGGUCAUGACGCAAUCUACGAAGCUGAAUUGAAUGGAAAGGCGGAAGUCGUAGACUGGGUAUUGAAGGAAGGGGGACAAGAGCUUGAUGAAAGUAUUGCUCAAAAUGAUACAUACAAAAAUACUGCAGUUGGGGUAGCAGAGAAAACAACAUCAAAAGUCGAAGAAACCGAAAAAGUCACUGAAAAAAUGGAAGAAUUGGAAAUUAAAUCUGAAUAG